AGAUUUCAGGCAAUUUCAGAUUAAAAAAAAAAAAAAAAAAAAACAUUGCUAAAAUGCAUGUGCUGAAAGCGGGACUCCUUCUGGGCCGACGGCAUCUGAAAAGCACUUGCCCUUUAACUUUAAGGAAGGUGUUGAUAAACUGCUGCAGAGCUUGUUCUUCGGGCAUCAUACCCAACGAGCUAAUCAGAAAUAUCGGAAUCUCGGCUCACAUCGACUCGGGGAAAACCACACUCACAGAGCGGGUUCUCUACUACACCGGCAGAAUAGCACAAAUGCAUGAGGUAAAGGGAAAAGAUGGGGUUGGGGCCAUAAUGGAUUCAAUGGAACUUGAACGUCAACGAGGCAUCACAAUCCAGUCUGCUGCUACUUACACCAUGUGGAAAGGAACCAACAUUAACAUCAUCGAUACACCAGGUCACGUCGAUUUCACUAUUGAGGUGGAGAGGUCCCUGAGAGUGCUAGACGGAGCCGUGCUGGUGCUGUGUGCGGUCGGAGGAGUGCAGUGUCAGACCAUGACAGUAAACCGACAGAUGAAGCGCUACAAUGUCCCCUGCUUGACGUUUAUUAAUAAGCUAGACAGACUGGGCGCUAAUCCGACCAGAGCUUUGCAACAGAUGAGAACCAAAUUGAACCACAAUGCUGCCUUUCUUCAAAUACCCAUUGGUCUUGAGGGGAAUUUAAAAGGAAUUAUAGAUCUCAUUGAAGAACGAACCAUGUACUUUGACGGGCCAUUUGGUCAGAACAUUAGAUAUGAUGAAAUCCCAGCCGAGUUCAGAUCUGAAACCGCAGACAGGCGUCAGGAGCUGGUGGAGUGUGUCGCCAAUGCAGACGAGCAGCUGGGAGAGAUGUUUCUGGAUGAAAAGGUCCCCACAGUUGCAGACUUAAAGGCUGCAAUCAGGAGAGCUACUGUGCAGCGCUGCUUCACCCCUGUGCUCGUAGGAAGUGCUUUGAAAAACAAAGGAGUUCAACCCCUGCUGGAUGCUGCCUUGGAUUACCUGCCCAACCCAACAGAAGUCCAGAACUUUGCAAUUGAAAACCAGGGUGAAUCAAACGAGGUCACUAAAAUUUUAAUGGACCCCACAAGAGAUGAGACUCAGCCUUUUGUGGGCUUGGCUUUUAAAUUGGAGGCUGGCCGGUUUGGGCAGCUCACGUAUGUGCGAGUCUAUCAGGGAGCUCUGAAGAAGAGUGAAUAUAUCUACAACACCAGGACUGGGAAGAGGGUCCGAGUGCAGCGCCUGGUCCGGCUUCACGCAGAUCAGCUGGUGGAUGUAGAAGAAGUGUAUGCUGGGGAUAUCUGUGCCUUGUUCGGAAUCGACUGUGCCAGUGGGGAUACCUUUACAGCACGGAGCAGUGCCAAUCUCUCCAUGGAGUCGAUUCAUGUCCCGGAUCCAGUUAUAUCAGUAGCUAUGAAACCUGCCAACAAGAAUGACUUGGAUAAAUUUUCCAAAGGAAUUAACCGCUUUACAAGAGAAGACCCUACAUUCAGAGUCCACUACGAUACUGAGAGUAAAGAAACCAUCAUAUCAGGAAUGGGAGAGCUGCAUCUAGAAAUCUACGCCCAGAGAAUGGAAAGAGAAUACAACUGCGCUUGUGUCAUGGGAAAGCCUAAAGUAGCCUUCAGAGAAUCGAUUGGUGCCCCUGAACCAUUUGAUUUCACACACAAGAAGCAGUCGGGCGGUUCAGGGCAGUAUGGCAAAGUCGUUGGGGUGCUGGAACCUCUGGAUGCCGAGAGCUACACAAAAGUGGAAUUUGUAGACCAGACAAUUGGUACAAAUAUACCAAAGCAGUUUGUGCCUGCAAUCGAAAGGGGUUUCCGUGAAGCCUGUGAGAAAGGGCCUCUGACCGGGCACAAGAUCUCUGGGGUACGCUUUAUCCUGGAGGAUGGGGCUCACCACAUGGUGGACUCCAAUGAAAUCUCCUUCAUCAGAGCUGGAGAGGGCGCUCUGAAACAGGCUAUGGAGAAGGCCACAGUGAGUGUUUUGGAGCCCAUCAUGUCAGUGGAGGUAGUGGCUCCGAACGAGUUCCAGGGAGCUGUGAUUGCCGGAAUCAACCGUCGCCAUGGCGUCAUCAGUGGGCAGGAUGGAGCAGAGGGUUACUUCACACUGUAUGCUGAUGUUCCAUUGAAUGAUAUGUUUGGGUAUGCCACUGAAUUAAGAUCAAACACAGAGGGUAAAGGUGAAUACACAAUGGAUUAUAGUAGAUAUCAGCCAUGCCUUCCCAGCACACAAGAAGAACUCAUCAACAAAUAUCUGGAAUCUACAGGUCAGCUCCCUGCUAAGAAAGGCAAAGCCAAGACCUAAACCUACGGAUUUAUAUUCACUUCACACUGAACCGGAUAAAAAUAAAAUACUCUGAACUGGAUUCACAGUCAAUGACUGUGAUGUUUUUAGAAACGGUUACUUAUAAAGAUCUUUUUUUAUAAAGCCUCAGAGAAACAUUUGGAAAGCAACUUCAAGCAGCAAUGGAAAUCAUGGAUAAAAAGUGUGAGUGCUGUAAUGGAAUUUAUUUUCUUUGACUUCAGAAAAAGAGAUUUCCCGCAAAACUGUCACAAAAUACAGGCUUUAAAAAAAUAAAUAGUAGGAAUGCUGGUAAUGUACACUGUGCAAUAUAUAAAGUAACUUCUAGCUUUGAACAAUCUAAAGACUCUCUCAAGUUAGUUUUGUGUUGUCCAUCCCCCCUCCCCUCCCA